UCCGUCCACAUGCAUUCGUUCUCGUUUCACUAAAGGAGGUGUAGUUUGUCCGAUUGCUACUGCUAAAAGGGGUUGGACAAAAAUAUUUUCCAUCUUGAACAAUUGCAAUAGCUUCGCAACAUGGCGUCAAUAGGAGAUUUCGACCCGCUCAAUGCUUCCAUCCCUGCCACCAAAGUUGAAAUCACAGUGUCUUGCAGAAAUCUGCUGGACAUGGACACCUUCUCCAAAUCAGACCCAAUAUGCGUUCUGUACACACAAGGCAUUAGCAAUAAGGAGUGGAGAGAGUUUGGAAGGACAGAGGUGAUUGAAAACACACUCAACCCAGAGUUUGUUCGUAAAUUCAUCUUGGAUUAUUUCUUUGAGGAACGACAGAAUCUGAGAUUUGACCUGUACGACGUCGACUCAAAGAGCGCCAACCUGUCGAAACAUGACUUCCUUGGCCAGGCGUUCUGUACAUUGGGAGAGGUGGUGGGAUCGCUGGGUAGCCGCAUGAAGAAACCUCUCGUGGGCCUUCCUGGAAAGAAGUGUGGAAACAUCAUUGUUACGGCAGAAGAGAUGGGAAACUGCAGGGAGUCGGUGAUGAUGCAGUUCUGCGGGAAUAAACUGGACAGGAAAGAUUUCUUCGGCAAGUCGGACCCUUUCCUCGUCUUCUACCGCAGCAAUGAAGAUGGAACGUUCACAACCUGCCAUAAGACAGAGGUGGUGAAGAACACACUGAACCCAGUGUGGCAGGUCUUCAAGAUACCCGUCAGAGCACUCUGCAAUGGAGACUACGACAGAACGAUCAAGAUAGAAUGCUACGACUGGGACAGAGAUGGAAGCCAUGACUUCAUAGGAGAGUUCAGUACCAGCUACAGAGAGCUAUCCAGAGGCCAGUCCCAGUUCAAUGUGUAUGAGGUUGUAAAUCCAAAGAAGAAAGGAAAAAAGAAAAAAUACCUAAACUCUGGAACGGUAACACUGCUCUCAUUCCUGGUGGAUAUAGAGGUCACCUUCCUCGACUACAUCAAAGGAGGGACCCAGAUUAAUUUCACAGUGGCGAUUGAUUUCACCGCUUCAAACGGCAACCCAACGCAGCCCACCUCCCUCCACUACAUGAGUCCCUACCAGAUGAAUGCCUACGCUAUGGCCAUGAAGGCUGUAGGGGAGAUCAUCCAGGACUACGACAGUGAUAAGAUGUUCCCUGCUUUGGGCUUCGGAGCCAAGCUGCCCCCCGACGGACGGGUCUCACAUGAGUUCGCCCUGAAUGGCAACCCCCAAAACCCAUACUGUGCAGGUAUAGAUGGAGUGAUGGAGGCAUAUUACCAGAGCCUGAAGUCUGUCUGCCUCUACGGCCCAACCAACUUCUCUCCUGUUAUCAACCAUGUGGCCAGGUAUGCUGCGUCGGUGAAGGAUGGCUCUCAGUACUUCAUCCUCCUCAUCAUCACAGAUGGAGUCAUCUCAGACAUGGCCCAGACCAAGGAGUCCAUCGUCAACGCUUCGUGUCUUCCAAUGUCGAUUAUCAUUGUAGGGGUGGGACCAGCAGAAUUUGAUGCGAUGAUUGAGUUGGACGGGGAUGAAGUGAGGAUCUCGUCGAAGGGACGAUAUGCAGAGAGGGACAUUGUUCAGUUUGUCCCAUUCAGAGACUACACCGACCGGACAGGGAACCACAUCCUGAGUAUGGCCCGUCUAGCCAAGGAUGUCCUGGCUGAGGUCCCUGACCAGUUCCUCUCCUACAUGAGGAUCAGAGGCAUCAAGCCCUCGCCCGCACCCCCUCCAUACACCCCCCCAGGACACCCCCUGCAGACGCAGAUCUGAAGGGUGCGGAGAUGCCCCCUGGUCCCGAACAACACCUCUUCAAAUAUGUAUUUGUCUCUCUCCUCUCUGCAUCACUCGCUCAGUGAUAGGACAGGCCUUCUUGGAUUUCUCGCUCUCUCUCAUUGCACUAAUGGAGACUGACUGACUGGCAGAAUGAAUGGCAGGGUUCUCAAAGUUUUUACUGAGCGGUUCUAAAGGGUUCUACGUUGGAACGGGCGGAUGGAGUCAACAAGGGCAUGUUUACUUUCAUUGUCAAGCGUUCCUCUGUCUGGACUUCGUGUAUAUCGGCCAAUGGAGACACUCUCUGGGACACACCCGGGAAGAUGGACAGAGUCUGGUCUUCCCAACUCACCUGGCAAGGAAUGAAGGAUUUAAGGAAAGAAGGAAGGAUGACAGGAGGAUAGGAAGGAAGUUCCUGGGGACUGGCCUAUUUCAGGAGCAGAGUGGUGAAAAGGUUCUAUAGUCUGGAUGUGGUAUCGCUUGACUGUUGUAAAUAACUGGAAAUAUAUUUCCUUCUCUCAUUCUAUCUCUCUCUACUCUGUCUCUCUAUUCUUCCAACUCUCACUCAAUGUUUACAGUACAUGUUAAUGAUAAUGAUUUUUACCAUUGGACACUUGUAUAAUAUACAGUACCAGUCAAAAGUUUGGACACA